UUUAAGAGAACAAUUUGUCCCCAAACUGCACCGCAUACAGGAUCUUACGCCAGAGGAAAAAAAUUGAAAGAGUGAUUUAUUGUUUUUUGUGUGUGUCUUAUCCUGUCAUUUGUUUAAUUGUAAUCUUUCAUUGUUGAUCUGCAGGAUUUGAGAACGCUUAAUUCAAAUAAUAUCAUGAUGGGAAUUGAUACAAAGCAGAAUUUCAUAAACUCUUCGAUCUCCGAAUCAGGAUAUUAGAAUAUUAUUAUUAUACGUAUUACGUCUUUAAUAUAUAUGAGCGACGUUAUCUUAAUUUGGAAUAAUUAGAAUAUCUAAUUUGAACAAAAGUGGGUGUUCUGUUCUAGUUACAGUUUCUUAUACAACUUUUUGUUGUUUUUGAAUACUAAAGAAAUGACUUCACAAUUUUCAAUUUGGAUUUACAUUUUGAGCGUAUUUGUUAUAAAAACAGUCUCAACCAGUGAAACUGGGAAACAACAAAAUACAUCAGGACUAAGAGUCCGUCUAGUUGGAGGGGAUGGUACAUCAACAGGAAGAGUAGAAAUAGCACAGAAUGGCACAGAAGAAUGGGGGACCAUUUGUGAUGAUUUGUGGUCUGAAGCUGAAGCCCAAGUGGUCUGCCGAAUGCUUCAUUACCAGUGGGGGAUUGCACAUACUAAUUCCCCUUUUGGAGAAGGCGUAGGAGCUAUACAUCUAGACAAUGUUCAAUGUACGGGAUCCGAGAGAACUUUACUUGAGUGUCAGAGUAAUGGAUGGGGUGUACAUAAUUGUCGUCAUUACGAGGAUGCUGGCGUCUCCUGUUAUAACAACUCAGUUCGCUUAAAUUCAAGAGGACGAACAGAUGUUGGUACAGUUGAAAUUCAUACGGAAGGAGCAUGGGUACAGGUGUGUGAUGCAGGCUGGGACGAUAUUGAUGCCACAGUUCUAUGUAAAGAAAUGGGCUUUUCCUGGGGCAAGGCUUUGCUUCGAUCUCAACUUGGAAAAGUAUCUUCUUCAUCUAUUGCCACCAAAGCUUUUACACAUUUCUCUUGCAUAGGCUCAGAAGAUCGAUUGAUCAGCUGUAACCACACAGUUCUACGAUCAAAAUGUGAAACAAAACACAGAGCUUCAGCUAUAUGCUAUGAAACUAGACCAACUCCUCAGCAGUUAAAUGCUUUUAGUGUUCGAUUGGAAAAAGGGACAUCUGUAUGGGGUGAGGUCAGUGUUAAAAAAUUAGGAAUUUGGGGUCAGGUGUGUGCCUCUGGUACUGAAUGGAAUGACAAAGCUGCCACAGUUUUAUGUAAGGAGCUAAACCAAGGGUUUAUAGGAGGCAAAGCAUAUGGCACUGUAAACGAAACCUUGCGACCUAUCUGGAUAACAAAAUUAAACUGUAGCGGUAUUGAGAGAAGUCUGAAAAAUUGUGUGUAUGACGAGAAUAGCUGGGGAGAUGCAGUUUACUCAUGUAGACCUGCAUAUGCUCUGUGUUACCGUAGAAAUGUAACAGUUCAGUUGGUUGGUGGAGGGGAAUAUUAUGGACGUGUACAGAUAAAUUAUGACAACCAAAUUGGUACAGUUUGUGAUAACUCAUGGUCAUCCAGUGAUGCUCGUGUAGUUUGUAAACAGUUAGGAUUUGCUGACGGGGAUCCUAUAUCUAAGUCAUAUUAUGGUGGUGGCACAGGCCCAGUGAUGAUGGAUGGACUGGGUUGUUAUGGUUACGAGGAUUCACUCCUUGAAUGUCGAAAUAAGGGAUGGUUGACAACACCAAAAAGGGAAUGUUUAAAUCACACAAAAGAUGCUGCAGUCAUCUGUCAUAAAGAUGUGAGAUUAUCCAGGGGAGAUCACUCUCAUGGGGUUGUUCAGAUCAUGGAUCAGUAUUGGUCUGUCUUGUGUGGAGAAGGUUUUAAUAACACAGAGGCCAGGGUUGUUUGUCUACAGCUUGGAUUUGAGAAUGGGCGUGUGCUACCAAUGGGAUCUUUUGGUACAUUUUAUGGCAGAUAUGCUAGACCAAACAUCAAUUGUACAGGAAGUGAGAACAGUAUCUUGAAUUGUAAUUACGACAGGUUCCGUGGAUGUCAGAGAGAUAAUUACUUGGCCUAUGCUUCUGUGUCUUGUUACAAUGGAACCAUGACUAGAGGUACACAUUUGAAAUUGGAAGAUGGAUCAAGAGGAUAUAUAAACCAAACAGGAAGGGUAUCUGUUAACCAGUAUGGUAUCUGGGGAAGAAUUUGUCCAAGUGCCUGGGAUGAUGUUGAUGCUGAUAUUGUGUGUAAACAGUUAAGACAUAGGGGUGGUGUGGCAUUUCAGCAGACAGCAUCAGGCAGUGGGCCAUACUUCCUGGGUGAGGUAAAUUGCCGUGGUAAUGAGACCUCAUUAUUCCAAUGUCCUAUUGGUGGUGAUGAAUGUGACUCACAGUUUACAUCUGGAAAUGCAGGUGUUUUGUGUUACAAUCAAAGGAAGCCAACCCUGCAGUUGGUUGGUGGGACUCAUAACUCCGGCCGACUGGAAGUGACAAUGGACAAUGAGGUUGGAUCUAUAUGUGAUGAGGGAUGGUCAAGGUAUGAUGCCACAGUGGCCUGUAAACAGCUUGGCUUUACAGAUGGUGAAUACAGGAGGGGUUUGGAAGGUCCAAAUCGUCCAAAGGUAUUGUCCAGAAUGGGUUGUUUUGGUGGAGAAUCUAGUAUAUUUAUGUGUAGAAAUCCAGGAUGGAAGAAAGAUAUUCCUUCUUCAUGUUCAAACCCAAAACGAGAUGCUGGUGUAUUCUGUUACAAUAAUGUGAGAGUCAGUGGAGGAGAUAAUGGACACAAUACCACAUUAGGAAUGGCAGAGAUGUACCUCCGUUCUACGUGGAUCACCGUCUGUGGUGACAUGUUCGAUAACAAUGCAGCUCGAGUUGUGUGCAGAGAACUUGGUUUUCCUAACAGCAAACGUCUGGUCAAUGGAGCCUUUGGUUCAAAGUAUUACACAGACUCUGUGAUCAAAUUGAAUUGUACUGGUAGUGAGGUGACGAUCAAAGAUUGUCAGUAUCAAGAAGGAGAAUGUCCAAACAGGGCCUAUAACUAUGCUAGUGUACUCUGUACCAAAGAAAGGAUAGAUGAUCAAGAUAUAAGAGUGUGGGGAUUGGUCGAAAAUAGUUUCCCAGCUCCAGUCUUGAUCCAGAAAUAUGGUAUAAAUGGUACAAUUUGUGCUGAGGGUUGGGGCAGUAAUGAUGCCACAGUGGUCUGUAAACAGAUGGGCUAUGCUGGCGGUGUACCAUUUGGUCCUCGCUACUAUAGUUCUCGUACCCCAAUAUGGAUGUCAAAUGUCUCAUGCACUGGGACGGAGAGGGAUAUCAAAUUUUGUAAACCUCAGGGAGAACUUGACAUCAGUAGGAGUUGUAGAUCAAGUAGGCAUGCAGCUAGAGUAUUUUGUUACAGAGGAGAUGGAUUUCAAAUCAGACUGGCUGGAUCUAACAUGCCCAACAGUGGUAGAGUAGAAAUAGCCUUUAACGGAGAAUGGGGGACCAUAUGUGACUCGUACUGGUCUGACUCUGAUGCCAGGGUUGUAUGUCGUCAGCUAGGCUAUGUUGAUGGUGUUGCUCAACCCAAGGGGAAGCAUGGACCAGGGACAGGUAGAUCGUGGUUAUACUAUGUUAGGUGUGAUGGAGAUGAGAAGAAUAUUUGGGAAUGUACAAAUAGUGGUUGGAAUGUAACACAUUCAUCAUGUAGAUCCCAUGAGAAUGAUGCUGUAGUCUAUUGCACAGGAAAAGUACGAUUGGAACCCAACAUAACCUAUGGUGCUGUACAGGUUUGGCAGGAUGAUGGCUACAAACUAGUCUGUGCUGAUCAGUUUGAUGAUGUAGACGCUCAGGUUGUCUGCCGAGGGCUUGGAAAACAAAACGGGAUCAGUAUUUGUUGUUCUGUGUUUGGAGACAUGAAACAUCCAAUAACCAUCAACAAUGUUGCAUGUACAGGACACGAGGAUUCUAUUCUGCAGUGUCAACAUAACACAUUGAGAGAGGCCUGUCCAAGUAAAAAAUAUGCUGCUGUAGCUUGCUCCGAUUCUGCAUCUAGUGGAGCAUAUGAGUUGCGGUUAUCUUCUGAAAAUCAAGGUGUUGUAUCAGUUCGUCAUCUUGAUGUGUGGGGAUCAAUCUGCACAAACGGCUUUGAUGAUAAUGAUGCUAAGGUGAUAUGUCGUGAGAAAGGUUUUCAAGGAGGAUUUGCCUACUAUCAACACGAGUUUGUAUCUGGAAAUCGUCAAAACCUACCGUGGCUGUCGUACCUGAAUUGUACUGGAUCAGAAGGAUAUCUAGCUCGCUGUGGUAACAUUCGUUGGGGUGAUGUACGAGAUUGUUCUACUGAUACUAUGGCUGCUGUUUAUUGUCAUGAUAAUCCAGAUGUCCAUGUCAGGUUUGUAAAUGGAACCAGUCCACUGCAUGGCCGUGUAGAGAUAAAUAUUGGUGGACAGUGGGGUAGUGUAUGUGGUACAUCAUCCUGGAAUGAUGAAGAUGCUACAGUAGUAUGUCGUAUGAACGGUCAUUCCUGGGGCCGAGCAUUACGUUACGGCAAGUUUGGGGCAGGACAAGGACCAAUAUGGGUGGAAUACGCUCGGUGCAAAGGGGAUGAAACAAACAUUUUCCAGUGUCCAAUUGUUUUCAAUGCACAACCAAAUCAACGUUCCGGUAGGCGACUUCGUAGAUUCCGACCAAUCCGUGGCGUAUGUUAUUCACAUAGUACAGAUGCUGCUGUUCAGUGUUAUGAUUCUGUUAGACUUGUAGAUUCAAAAGAUGUCUCCUACGGAAGAGUAGAAAUGUUUGUGAAAGCAGAUAAAAAAUUCUACAGUGUCUGUGACACAGGAUUUACAAACUUGGCGGCAAUGGUUGUAUGUCGUCGUCUUGGUUACAGAGAUGGUCUGUACCAGUGUUGCUCUGCGCUUGGACAUGUACCAAAUGCCAACAUAAGUAUAAUUAACAUUCGGUGUAAUGGGAGUGAGGAGAGUUUGGAUGUUUGUCCGCAUGAAUUUGGAACUUGUCAGUCUGGGAAUUAUGUAUCUGUUUACUGUUCAUAUGACGUCUUGGCUCCGAAAUCAGAUUUACAAAUACGAAUCCAUGAAAUGAAAUACUAUGGGUCCUUAGAAGUUGAUGUGUAUGGUUUCUGGAGCCCAGUUUGUGACGUGGAUUGGGACGACCAUGAUGCUAAUGCAACCUGCCAUCAGCUUCAUUAUUUAGGUGGUGUAGCUUUUAAUGGAAUAACACACCUUUCAAACCCUGUGUCAGUUGGGAGAUUUAACUGUACAGGAGUGGAAAACAGACUUGGAGAAUGUCAAUACAAGAAAAUGAAUACAGAUUUAGGAUGUGCUGAGAAGAUUGCUGAUAAAUAUUCAUGGCCUACAGCAGGGGUGUUGUGUUUUGAUCAUAUGGAUGGUAUCAAAAUUGGUAUAAACGGUACCAGAACUACUGGGAAAGUAAUGGUCAAAUUUAACGGUGAAUGGGGUCGUAUUUGUAACAGACGUUGGGACGACAAGGACUCCAAAGUUUUCUGUAAACAAAUGGGAUUUAUUGAUGGCAGGUCUGGUCCAAGAGCUGUAUCUCGUAGCUCAGGAUAUGUGUGGAUAGAUAAUGUAGACUGUGAUGGAUCGGAGGAUUCUUUACUAAAGUGUCGUCUGACAUGGGAUGCAGAUUAUUCAUCAUGUGAUGAUGCUACAGUUGUUUGCAUGGAAGCUGUGCGACUGAACAAGGGAGAUGAUAAGACACAUGGAGUUGUACAAGUACAUGUUAAUGAUAACUGGGGAACUGUAUGUAAUCAUAAAUGGGGACAGGAAGAAAUAGAUGUAACAUGUAGACAGUUAGGAUUGCAACAUGGUGUUUCAGUUUGCUGUGGAGCAUACGGGUACAUGUACACCAAAGGUGUACUUGACAAUGUCACCUGUUCAGGUCCAGAAGACAGUUUGUUAAAAUGUGAUAGUUCUGCUCCAUACAGUUCAUGUUCCAGAGACUAUGCAGCUGUAGCUUGUUAUAAUGGAACUUUGCCACCUAAAACAAAUUACACCUUAGACAUUGAAGGAAGAAGCAAUAUCUCUGGUUCCUUAAACAUAAACUUCCUUAAUAUAACGGGUAGGAUUUGUGCUGAUGACUGGGACGAUAAAGAUGCCACUGUGGCAUGUAGACAGCUGGGCUACAGCAAAGGCUCAGCAUACCCACAUAAAGUAUUGUUUGGUGAAGGGAAACCAAUCUGGGCAAGCAAUAUCAAUUGUACAGGAAAUGAGUUCAAACUGGCAGAUUGUCCAGGAUUCAAUCCAGGAACUGUAAAAAUGUGUACUUCACGGAGAGAUGCUGGUGUCGUCUGCUAUUCUAACCUUGGUGUAUAUUUCCGCUUAGCUGGAGGAUAUUCUAAGUAUGGUCGUGUUGAGAUGUCUGUGGAUGGUGUAUGGGGCACAAUAUGUAAUCGAUACUGGGACAAGAUGGAUGCUUCCGUCUUUUGUAAAUCUAUUGGCUUUGCUACUGGUUUCCCUUAUUACAAAGACAGCAUCAAGGUCCAGACAGGAAGAAUCUAUGAACCCAAUCUUCAUUGUAAUGGAGAUGAAUCAACAUUGAAUGAAUGUGCUCACGAAGGAUGGAAAGUGGCUUCUUCUAUUGGACCGUGUAGUUCACAUGAAAAAGAUGCCACAGUUCACUGCUAUAACUCAGUUAAACUAGACACAGGAGUGGGUACAGAGGUUAAACAUGGUCCAGUGAUGAUUUAUUACAAUGAAUCGUGGAGUGUUGUUUGUGAUAAAGGCUUUACAGACCAGUCAGCCAAAGUUGUAUGUAAAGAACUUGGUUUCGAGGAUGGCAAGGCUGUGACAGGUUCUGCCUACGGGAAAACAUUUGACCUAGUUUUGAAGAAUAAAUCACUGAUCUGUCAAGGAAAUGAGAAAGAUGCCUUAAAAUGUUUGACAAGUUCUGACUGUGGACGUUAUGAUAAUUAUGCCUCAGUGAUGUGUUACAUGAUGUCUGAUAAUGUAAAGGGUCCAGGUUAUAAAAUUGACUUUGAGAAGUCAACUGGUGUCAACAUAUCAGCUGGUACCCUGUCUGUUGAACAGUAUGGAGUAAAGGGACACAUCUCCAGCAGAUUCUGGGAUGAUACAGAUGCUAUGGUUUUCUGUAAAUCUAAGGGUUUCAAGUCAGGAUUUAUGUACCAACAGUCUCCUGACCCAUUCCACAAAGAUCCACCAAUUACAUUGGGAGAUUUCAACUGUACAGGAAAUGAGGCUUCAUUACUAAACUGUUCCUUUAAUUCCCGAUUUAACCUUGGUAAUAAUACCAUGAGUAAUAGAGCUGGAGCUGUUUGUUACAAUCAGUCAGGUGUUAACUAUAGAAUUGUAGGAGGAGAAAAGGACAGUUUUGGUCGUAACAAAACAGGAAGAGUAGAGCUGCAGUUAAAUGGACAGUGGGGCACAGUAUGUGAUACAAACUGGGAUGACCGUGAAGCCAGUGUUCUGUGUCGAUCCCUUAACUUUAGUGAUGGCUAUGCUAUCAAGGAUGCUCAUUAUGGACAAGGAACAGGACCAGUUUGGAUAGGAUAUCUGAAUUGCAAUGGUACUGAAAAGUACAUUCACUCCUGUUCACAUAGAGGAUUCAAUGAUGCAAUUACUAAAAAUAGCUGGAAGAAAUGUACAAAUCAUAGGAAUGAUGCUUCAGUGGCAUGUGUUGAUAAAGUGAGACUAAGCCUUGGUUUGAAUGCUACCAUGGGAGCAGUAGAAGUUUAUAAUAACAAGCAAUGGAUGACUGUUUGUGAUGUGGGCUUUAAUAAACUUGCAGCUGAGGUUAUCUGUAGGUCAAUGGGAUUUUCUCAUGGAACAGAAAUGGAAGGAUCUGUCUUUGGAAACAAGACUGGACCAAUAGGACUGAUUGACGUCCAUUGCGGUGGUGAUGAAAGUGAUUUAUUUAAAUGUCGCUAUGCAUGGAAUUCAGCAGCUUGUCGUAGUAAGAAGUAUGCCUCUGUUUAUUGCAGUAAUGAGGAUAUAGUAGCUACUGCAUUUGACAGUAGGAUUGUUCCUGACGAUAAGUCUGACACUCAUGGAACGGUACAGGUCAAGAUAAGUGGAGUCUGGGGAUCCGUCUGUAGUAAAGGAUGGAGUAAUGCUGAGGCAAAUCUAGUCUGCAAGAAAAAUGGCUUUACUGGUGGUGUACCAUAUAGGGUACCAGAAACUAGCCAGGUCAAACCACCAAUACUGAUGAGCAAUGUCAGGUGUCGGGGAUCAGAGGCUGACUUAGAUAAAUGUUCUUUUACAAGGUCAGGACAGCUGGACAGUUGUGAGUACACUGAAACCAGGGCAGGUGUACUUUGUUACAAAACAUCAGGUAUCCAUUAUUCUCUGGUUGGUGGACCAAAUAAUGCAACAGGACGAGUGAAGAUUAUGUAUGAUGGCCAGGCAGGUGGUGUUUGUAAUUUCCUGUGGGAUUCUCGUGAUGCUCAAGUUUUCUGUAAAAGUCUUGGGUACAAAGGUGGAAUAGAGAUAGCUGGAGCUCAAUUUGGACUGAAUCCUGGAGUCUUCUGGUUCUCUCGUAUGUCAUGUGAUGGAUCCGAGGACAAUGUACUCAAGUGUAGUCAUUCUGGCUUCAAUAGAUCACGGGGAUUUGAGACAACUUAUGAAAAAUUGUGUAAGAAAAGACCAAACGAUGCUGCUGCUAGAUGUUUUAGUAAUGAAAUUGCUAUUAAAGGUGUCAGGUUGUCCACUGGGUCACACUAUGGUAGAGUUGAAAUAUUGUUAAGUGGACCCAAUGAAUGGGGUACUGUAUGUGAUGAUUACUGGGAUAACCGUGAUGCCACUGUUGUGUGUCGCCAACUAGGAUUCAAAAGUGGCAUUGCUAAGAAAUCUGGACAGUUUGGUUUAGGAUCAGGGCCAAUUUGGUUGGACAAUGUGAACUGUAAGGGAACAGAAGCAGGAAUUGAAGAGUGUACACAUAAUGGAUUUAAUAUACAAAACUGUAACCAUAUGGAAGAUGCAGGAGUGAUUUGUAGUGGUAACAAGACAAAAAGUGAGUCCUUCAUAUCAGAGUUAACAGGCGGACAAGGUGUAGUGCUAGCAGCAACAAUACCCAUAAUUCUCAUAUUGAUGGCAUUAAUUGUUGGUGUCGGUUUAUACUUUUGGCGACAGAGAACUGCAUCCCCAGACAAAAAAGUUUUGGUUGAAAACGAUAUGAACGACCCAAAUCCAGGAACAGUUCAUACGGAGGGAGGAGUUGGAGUGACACUCACAAAAUUACGAGCUCAUUUCUCUAAAGCAAGAACAUCCCUACAAAAUGGUAACAAAGACACAAAAUCCCCCACAAUGUCAUUGGGUAACCCUAAUUACGAUCAAAUGACAGACUCAAAUGAAGUGAAAUCGGAAUCUGAUAUAUAAUUUGUGAUGGCAAAACUGUGAUUUGUAAUUUUGUACAGAACUAACAUGAUUUUAUAUCUUCUUAUCAGACUUAUUUUUAUAAUUGACUGAUUUAACAUUAUAUUGCCAAUGUGACAAUAGUAGUUUAAAGUUAUUAAUUGAUUAAUUCAGGUCAGCUUGUGCAAUAGAUUACUAUUUUCCUACAAUUAAACCUGUCACAAGUGCCUUGAAAUAAUGGACAUUUCUAUUGUAAUACCUGGACCUUAGUAAGGGCUUUUCCAGAAAUAAAUACCUAUGAGGGUCAUUACUCCACUUAUUUUUUUUUAUUUUGUUAACCUAGGUGAGAGUGUAUCACCAGUGUUUCACCAGUGUCACUGAUUUUGAUGAAUAACAGAAAACAUUAAAAAUUCUGUUCACACAAUAAGAAUGAAGUUCCAACCUCCCAGGUGUUUGUUUUUUCUAAAAUAGCCAUAAUCAAAUGAUAAUUUUAAUCAAUUGUUUGGCAAUGAGUAGAGAGAGAUUUUGUGUAUAUUUUAUGUAAUUGUGUUAUGUAGAAACACGGUCAUUUAUAAUAGUGCUUACAAGUUCAUACUCAUACCUGCCAACUUUCUCAAAAGACAGGUCAACAUCUCUCAUGCACGAAACCCCCUAUCAGUGAGGAAAGUUGGCAGGUCUGUAUAUUUAAUGAAUGAACAUUCCUUCAAAGUAAAAGAAUACCUAAUUUUCCAAUUCUGUAAUGGAUAUAAGUAAGAUAAGGAUAGAAAAUAUUGUACAUUUUUUGGCUUGGAAUUAACCAAUCAUGCAACAUUUUUGUAUCACAUGCUUUUUAAACAUCAAGCAACAAACAGGGAUCAUCAUAUGAGCUACGUUGGAUAGAAAUCAACGAUAUACAAGUGCACAUAUACAUGUAUAUGUAUAAAACUUUGAUUGAUUUUGGAACAAACAAAUACGAAAUAAAAGAUGAAUUUUGGUCUGUUUUUUUUUGGGUUCUUAUAACAACUCAAUUUUUCAAACAGCUACAGACUUUCCAUAGAGAUUUUUUAACCUAAAAUAGGUUAACAGAUGUAUUGAUAUUCAUUUGAUUAAGGUCUAUUUCUAUCCGACACAGAUCAUAUAUUGUUUUUACUCAAAUAGGUUAUUCUCUUAUAAACCAGGUGAUAGAAACUAACAAUUCUUGCUAUCAAGGAUUUUUUAAUAAUUGGCUUGCUCCAUUUUUGGAAAAGAAUGUCUUAAAAGUUUCUGUAGACAUAGUAGAGGCUUUUGCUUAUGUUAUAUUUAUCUUUUCAUCUCAAACUGCUUGCUUGGAAGCAAGCAAAUUUGGACAGAAUAUUAUUUUUUUCUCCUUUUAUUACAAGGGUGGUUUUUAUGCUCUUACUUUUUUUUCUAUUUAAAAGUUGUGACUACCUAUGUGUUGAAUAAAAGGGUAUGCAUAGAGCAUGACCUUCUAAGUAAAUCAACCUUUAGAGGUGAAUUAAACAUUAAAAUCUAUAUUACAUUUCUCAUAAUUCCCAUUUUCAUUUCCCACUUUUUCACAAGAAUUACAGAAAUUCUAAUGCAACACUACUUGUAACAUUUCUUUUGAUUUGAAAAUGCCUCAAACUGCAGGCAUCAAUUCUAGGAUAGAUGCUCUACAAUUUGUGCACAAGCCCAUGUUUUCAUUCUGACCGUGGAAUUAAAUUCUGAUAACAGUAUUGUAUUUUAAGAUUUGCAGGCAUCAAUAGUUGAUUUGAUCGUCAGAAAUAUCCUUUUAUUGGUUAAGUUGACCAAUUAUGAACUGUGACAGAAAACACAUAUCAACAACUGUAUACUCUCUUAUGUUUAACAUGGAAAUCAUUAUUACAUAUAAAAAAACCUUUUAAACCCUUUGUUUUAAAGAUAUAAUGAUAAAAAAAAAGUAAUAACAUUGCUCCUUAAAAAAAUGCUUGACAAAUGCUUUAAUGCAUUCAGAAUCGCCUGUGGAAAAAUGUUGAAUCCUGCUUGAUGCAUUUAUAUACCUAUGAACAAUCAAACCUGUGCACAACGUCUGCUUCCAGAAUAACUGUCACCAGGUAUUCUCAUGAUUAUUUAUGUAAUCUAUAUUUACAUUCCAUAUUGUUAUAGAACCAUUCCAGCUUAAUAAUCUAUUGUCUUUAUGCAGUUAGAGGAAUCAUAUUGUAUUUAUAAAUUGUGCCUCCUCCACAGGAUUUGUAUGGAGACAUAUUGUCAUUGUCUUUUACUUAUAGGUUAUCAAUGUUUUUUUCAUACGAGAGGGUGUUUCGCAGUUACAAUCUCAUUGAAGAGCGACAGCCUUGAUAUGAGAUGUGGUCGAGAAACAUCCUCGAGUUUGAAAGACCAUUGAUAAUCUGUUUAUCGCUGUUUUGCCUAUGAUGUCCUUGAUAUUUACAUUGACAACGCAAAGUGUGCCCUUAGUUUUUACCUAUAAUUUUCUAUCUCAAGUUAGAAGCAUGAUAUGAAAAAUUAUCACAAAAAAAGAUCAAAGGAAAAAUACACAAAAUAGUCAUAAAUCUUUAUAUCAGUCCAUUACUUAAGAACAUCAUCACAGUUAACCUCGACUCACGAUUAUAAACUUUACUCAGUACUCAAGAGUACAAAAUGUGUGCUCGAAACAGCAAAUCCAGUAUUUUGAUUGGUUGAUUCUGAGUCUGAUGAUUGUACUCGAAAGUUUUAUAACCGUAAGCCCUGGGUUUGGAAAGACACUCAACAUAAUUGCUUCAUGCAACUUCAAUUAGAGUAGUUUGUCCAUCCUAUUCCAUUUUUGAGCUGGAAAGUUUUUUGGUUAUUCUGUGCAAAACACUUCAUCCAGUUCUGUAUUUAAAAAAUUUUGUCAAUGUUAAAUCUCCAUCAGUGUGUAUUUGAAUGGAAAGAAAGAGACUAUAUUGAGUCAUAAAAUGUGAAUUUCAAAGUUUUGUGCCAAUUGCCAAUACUUUUGAAAGGUCAUAUCUUGUGUCAACUGUAGACUUAUAAUUAAAAUAUACAUAUAUAGAAAAAUUCAGGAUGUCAAGCAAGCAACAAUCAAUCAAUAGAAAAAAAAUCAUUUUCAGAGAUGUAUGAUUUUUAUUCCAUCAUGAAAUCCACAAAAUACUUUUUAUAUGAGCACUCAAAUACCUUGUAUCCCUGGCAUAGAUUUGAAUUGCAUGAUUUAUAAGCAAAAACUAUCAGUUUAAUAGUGUGGUUCAAUCAAAAUAUCUGUUAUAUUACUGUCAUUUAUUUGUUAUCAUUCCAAUAUGUAUACUUUUUAUGAAGAAUGAAAGAUGAGUUUGUGAGAUAAAUCAUAUGCUAUUAUUAUUAAUGUGGAAGCACAAAUAAAUGUGAACAUAG